AUGGACGAUAAACUUGACGAAAAUACCAUGGAUCAUGAGGAUAGCUACCCAAGAAUUGAUGUGUCGAGGAGCCGAUACCCUUAUUGCAUUGUGUGGACACCAAUCCCUGUAUUGACGUGAGUAGUAGUUAUUAAAGCUGUCAUUCGGAUUGAAAUUUUUCAGUUGAAAUGAUAUCCUUACCAUUUAUGUUAAUCUUGUUUGUAGAUGGCUUUUUCCUUUUAUUGGUCAUAUGGGCAUUGCAAUGUCCUCAGGAGUGAUCAGAGACUUCGCUGGUCCUUUCUAUGUUUCGGUAAGGAUCCUCGAUCCCACCGUACCUUCAUCCGAUCAUGACAUGUAUAUCAGCUCAAGCCUCGUUUUUGCUAGCGCAUAAGCGUAAGCAUGCACAAGCACAAGCCACAUGUGUAAGCAAGUGAGAACACCGGCGACAUAAGCAUAAGCAUAAGCACAAGAAGAACGGGCAUGUUCGUUCUUCUAGUGCUUAUGCGUAUGCUUAUGUGGUAGUGAGAACGGGGUCGACAUGAGCACAAGCAUAAGCACAAGACAUCGUCUUCGUCAGCCAUCUUGUUUAUCAUCGAGUCAAGGAACUGGUAGCUUGUGUGCAUUUCUUUUGUCUGCUAUUAUGAAUUUAACCUUCAUGUCCAAUACACACCACUUGUUCAAGUCAUAAACCUUAAGAUUGAAGUGGCGAAGUUGGGCAGUAAUUUAUCGGUUCCAUUAUAUUGCUGAAUGUGAUAGAUGGACCUUUGAGUCAAAGAGUGGUACAGUAAAAACGGUUACCGGUCGUUUCGAUACAAGUAGUUUCAGUACAAAUUGAAGUCGAUUCGAUACAUACCUUAAGUCGGUUCGAUCCACUCGAGGUCGUUUCGAUUCAAUCAGAACAACUUGCCAACUUUUGAAGAUUUAGUCACUACCAUUAACAGUUCAUUUAUUUUUUGUCUUGAAGAAUAUGAAAUAUGAUUUAAAAUGCUAAUUACGACAUUUAUGGUCGCUUCAUCGUUUGGCUGAAGUCCUGUUUGCUUAACGCCUUAACUCAUUUCACUAACGUUUUGUAACCCUAGAAUAUCGAUUUCUACAGUUCUUACUACUCUGCUUUUAUGUCGAAGCAUUUUUUUUUGAAGGGGGAUCAACAGCACUGCCUCAAGACGGGAUCGGGAACAACAUGGAAAAACGCCGCCAUCUUGGUUGUUGCACGUGCUUAAGUAUCAUGACAUGGUUGCUAAGCACAAUUAUUUCGUACUCUGUGAAUACAUUACUACCAUUAUACUUUUUAUUGCUAACAACUAAUGUAAGCUUACUUAUUACACGCGGGGACGUGUGGGUCGUCCUAGUGACACCCGCCCCUUUGAAAGUCAAUGUUAAAUGUUGUUAAGCUAAAUAAGAAAGCGAUGCCAAUGUACUUAUUACACGCGGGGACGUGUGGGUCGUCCUAGUGACACCCGCCCCUUUGAAAGUCAAUAUUAAAUGUUUUUAAGCUAAAUAAGAAAGCGAUUCAAAUAUAUCUAGUUUCAGUCCCAAAUUCUAACCGAAUCUUUGCUUGAUAUCUUCACUGGCUGGGUGCAAUAAGAUAAGAGAUCGCACUUAGGAGUUGCUUUGCGCUUCUCUCUCCGUUCCUAAAUUCCUCCCAUAGGUUAAAGAUCUUGGUUUGGAGAUUCCUGAAUUGUCUACGCUGAAUUCGUUUUAGCUUGCACUCCGAAACGAGUCAUUUGGACCGACUUGUUAGUUGUUGGUGAUCGGUGUAUCACGAACAUCGCUAGUAGACCUCGUAGGUUGUUCGUUAGGGUAAUGGACUGCACAUGAUCCAGUCAGCGUGUGUACAUGUUCCAUCGUCAUGCGUGGUCAAAUAAACGUUCAUUCACUACGAACUGUUAAUGGUAGUGACUAAAUCUUCAAAAGUUGGCAAGUUGUUCUGAUUGAAUCGAAACGACCUCGAGUGGAUCGAACCGACUUAAGGUAUGUAUCAAAUCGACUUCAAUUUGUACCGAAACUACUUGUAUCGAAACGACUUUGUAUCGAAACGACCGGUAACCGUAAAAACACGCAUGUAAGAACUUACAUUUUUCCAAGUUUGGCAAAACAGGUUCUUAUAUUUGGGGGUAGUUAUUGGCAAUUUAGGCUAAAGCAGGUUCUUAAUAAGUUCUUAAGUUUUCAGUAGAAACCAUUCCUGUACAAGCAGAAAAAACAGGUUUGGUCCUUUAUAAUACAAAAUUUAUUUAUAACUGUCUUGUCAUAAGCCUUGUGCAAGACUAACUAAACAGUUAUAUACACUAUAAACAAAGUAUCUUUUCAGAAAUAUUUGCAUACAAAAUAAAAUAAUAAAUGGAAUAAGUAAAAAAUGCAAAUGGCUGAACUUUAAGGAAAAUAUUGGUCCAAAGAAAACAAACAACAAACAAUUACACACUUCACUUCACAAAGUCACCAAAGUUAUACUUCUUAGUUAAAACUGCUCAUGAAAAUAUCCCAUAAAUCACAUAUAAGAACAUAAUAAAUUUUGCUUGGCUAUUCAAAACAGGUUCUAUAUUUUGGGGUAUGAAAAUGGGAAAGUUCUGCCAGCAGGUUCUUAAACCGCUAGGUUCUUACACGCGGGUUUUUACUGUACUGGUACAGCUGCAUCUUCGAGAGCAAAGAGAAGGGUUCCAACUUUUGUUGUUGGUGUUGUUUGUUGCCCUCUAGUAUAGGUAAUGCAUGAACAAUGAACAAGAACACAUAGGGCGUGAUCUCUACCUUUUUUGAUAGAUUAUUUUGUUGAAUAGUUUAAAAAUGAACAAACAUCAAUAAGGAAGUUUGAAAAAAUGUAUAUUAAUUUUAUAUAACUCAAACAUCCGCCAGCUUUUUUGUUUCCGUUUUUGUUAUUUCUAUUCUACCCUCAAUAACUCGAACAAUGGUUUAAGCAGAUGACAAGUCAGAAAAAAAAAAAACGGUGUAUCACUGUACAAGAGUAUGAAGUACUGAGUUUAUUUGAAAACAACCGUGUCAAUUCUUUGUUAUCACUUUUUUUCAUCACUCCAGUUCAAAUUCAAUGUCCAUCCCUGUGAAGUGUGCAUGAUACUUGCAUUCCCUCCUCAUCUUUUUGCUUAUUUGCUUUGAACUCCAGAUAACUGAUCCCUUGUCUAGAAGGUUAAGUUACCGGGAGUGGACUGUAUUAUCAUUUUUUCAGUCCACAUGGCAUUAUUUUGUUUACUAUGUGAAUUGACCAUUUUCCAUGCAUAGGUCUAAUAAUAUUAAAAAUGUUAGUGAAGUAUGGGAAUUUAUAGGAAUGUGUCUCUGCUUCCAGUUUAACAUUUGCCAGAAGAACUGUGCCUCUUCCAAAACUGAUUUUGAUCUAAUGACGUGCAAGUUGUAGUCAUAACCUCACCAUACAUGUAGGACUUAAGAAAAAGAAAGGACAAAAGUCAGAUUUUUCAAACAGAAGCAAGAUAGGAAGUAAUCAAAUGAGGAAUUCAAGACCCUGCAAACUCUCAUUCCCAGUAUUAAAGAAUGACAUAGGAACUGUGUUAUUCAACAGAAGCCAAAAAAUGAAAAACUACAAUAAAGGACAACAACAAUACAAAUUGAUGAAUUUUCUCUAUUUCCUCCUCUGUAGGAAGAUGAUAUGGCCUUUGGAAAACCUACAAAGUAAGGCAACCCUUCUUUCGUGCAUUAGUUAUUAUGAGUUAUCUUCACUAUUUUAACAGUGGAAAGCAAACUUGAGUUUGCUGUCAGCAGUUGGUUGAUAAAAGAAGCAAGAAUAUUUAUUCAUCAAUUUUUAUUAUUGCCAACUGAGGUUACAGCAGUAUUAUAAAUAAUAUUGUUAUAUCAUGUGACCUUGCAACAGAUAAUGGAAACAAGUGACUGUUCUUGAGGCAAACAAGCUAUAUAUAUUUAGUCCAGCAAAAGUGUGAAGUUUACAAAACAGCUGACAAUGAACAUGAUAAUGUGAAAUGAAGUUGAUAAAACAAUAAUGUUUGAUGCAAUUACCUGGUAUACAGGUUCUGGCGUUUAAAUCCAGCAAAAGUGUCAAGUAUGCAAAACAGCUGGGACAUAGCCAUCUCAUCUGCUUCUGAGGAAUACAAACACAGAAUGGUAAAGUUAGUUUUUAAAUAGUUUAUAUUAAAAUUUUAUAAGAGAGACAUACAUGUUGUAGGUAUCUUCAUCAUCAUCAUCAUCAUUAUCAUCUUUAUCAAUAUGAACAUCAUCAUCAUCAGAUCAUCAUCACCAUCAUCAUCAUCAUCAUCAUCAUCAUCAUCAUCAACAACAAUAUCAUUAUCAUCAUUAACAUGAUCUUAUUAUCUUUAUCAUUGCAAUGAUGAUACAGUGUGUACAUGGUCUCAAAUUUCUGAGAGUUUGUUUAUUGCUGCCUAUUUAUUAUGCCUUUUGCUCUGUACAGCACAACCUCUGCUGUGACAACUGCCACUCCCAUGUAGCCAUGGCUCUGAAUUUGAUGCAGUACAACAGGUCAUCAUCCUGGAAUAUGGUCAAGCUGUGUUUCUUCAUGUUGAUUUAUGGCAAAUUCACCAGGUAUUUCACUUAUCACGUCAGGUCCACUGGCAGUGACAAAAAAUAGCUGCAUGUAGCACAUGCCUGCAGUGAUCAACCCCAUGUUUUUUCGAAGACCACAAACAAUGUACUUGAUCACCAAACAGCUAGAAAUCAAAUCAAUUGUUCAUUUAUACUAAUAAUGAAGUACAUCAUUGUGUACCUUUUACUAUAAAAUUCUAAGAUUAUUGUUGUUGAUUUUGACUUUCAGUUUGGGAGGAUUCCUGAAGACAUGGGUUCCUUUCACUGUAAUUGCAGUUGGAAUUAUUCUCUUAAUCAUGAUUCUACUGUGA